AUGGACGACGACUCAUGCGCGAAAUGUGAAGAAAAGCCCGGCGAUGUCCGAUGCUCCUGCGGUGAACGCUUUUGCGAAUAUUGCUUCUCUAAUAAACACCUCCCGCGCAACCCAACUCACAAACGUGUCGAAGCGAAGAGGACUCCCAAUACGGUGGAAAGCUUAGUUGCAGCUGCAAAGAAGAACGACUCCACCACAGUAGCUGAUCUACUUGAUCGGAAUGUUCAAAUCGAUGGUAAACAUGGCGGGUGGACGGCCCUUGGAUAUGCGGCAUAUAGCGGGCAUCUGGACACCGUCCGCGUCCUUCUCCUUCGUGGUGCUGAUAUGGAUAUUCGUAUGGAUGUUGGGUUCGGUGUUCUUCCCGGUGACGGAAGUGCUAUUAAUUGGGCAGCAUGCGGCGGGUACCUCGAUGUUGUCAAGCUACUUCUAGAGAGAGGUGCGAAAGCUAAUAUCUGUGCGACAAGACCGGUAUUCCUUGGCACUGGGGGGACGCCGAUUACUAUGGCUGCUGGCAAAGACCGUCUCGAGGUUGUUCAGUAUCUCCUUGACAAGGGUUGUGAUGAUUGUUCCUCUGAUGUUCCUGGCUGGGAUGCCUUGAUCAUCGCGUGUGAACGAGGACAGCUCAACACCAUCAAAUACCUUGUCGAAGACAGAGGCUUGAAUGUAAACAGGGUCGGCAACAAUGGAGUUACGACUCUUAUCACAGCGGCUCAGAGUCAGCAAACCGCUGUCAUGGAGUACUUGAUCAAGUGCGGGGCCCACAUAGACGCGGUUGACAAUGAUGGGACUACGGCGUUACUUCAUGCUGUGAUGAAGAAAAGGGUCGGCUCAGUAGAGUGGCUGGUGAAGCGUGGUGCGGAUGCAAGGAAGAAGAACAAGAAAGGAGACUCGCCAUUGAACCUGGCUAGGGAGGAGUUGCAGAAAAAUGCCGAUGAUAAGAAUGCGGCAACUUUGGUCAAGUGGCUUGAGGUGCCCAUGAAUGUUGCCUUCCAGAUAAAGGCUUAG